AAAGUGAAGCUAAGUGAAAUGAAGGGCAGUCGCAGCAUUCUCUACUUACUGAUUUAUCUAUUGGUUACAAAUGCGGCAUCGCUUACAUUUGUAAUCGUUUCGUAUUAUGAGAUUUGGUAUAUAGUCGCCUCUAGUAUAUCGGCAUUAAGCAGCAUUUUCGUUUUUUACGUUGAGCUGAUUCUAAAGCCGCAAGUGUUAGACGCGAUAAUUAAAAAGAAACUUACCGCCCUCAUGGUAUUAGGUGGCUCAGGGGGAUUUUGCUGUUUCUUCUAUCUAUUCUACACGGUCAUAAACUUUCAGGACGAUAUUCUAGAUUUUGCUUUGGAUACUAUGGGUGCCUUAUUACCUCUCUUGGUUUCAAUAUGCCUAAUCAUAGUUGCACACAAUCUAUACAAACGUAGAGAAGUAGCAAUUUCCAAAAAUGGGAAGAAGAAUAGCAUUAGUUCGGGGCCAUACAUAAUUGAGAUGCAGCCCUAAGGUGUCAAUGCGAUAACCUUUAUCAUGGAUUUCUUGCAAAUACUGUAUGGCUAAUGUCAUACUAUAGGCAAUUUGCCGUACAACCGCGUUAUCUGACCAUACUAUUUAUAUUAUACUUUAGCCAACAAACUGAAUUGUUUCCCCAGACACGUUAUACGAAAUUAGCGUGCAUAUAAUUUACCCAAUAAACGCUUA